GUUACGCACAAACGAAAACAGAAGGAUUUUUCCAGUUUGCUUCUAAGCUUUGAUGAGGCGGGUGCUUGUGUCGUUUUGAAGGUUUAAAUGCAUCAAUUACUGGAUAUGAUUUGUUGUUUAUUCUAAAGGCAGUAGAUUCAUAACACCUUCACUCGUCACUCAAAGCCGUGUUGUCAGAGCAUCUAGUCUCGGCCAGCCAGCCUGCCAAAAGCGCAUGUUCAUCCAGGAGUAGCGGUAGGUCCUUGACUGGGCUAACUUACUGGAGUCCGAAAUGGCUGUUCCUGAGUGGCGUUUGUCGCUGAAGCUGAUAGACCAGCCUUCUCUUUCAAAAUCUGUGCUCCAGUUUCCGGACACUGAGCCUGGAGACGUCCCACCUGGCGAGUAUCGGGUAGCCACUCUCAAGCAGCUUGUUUCAGCGCAGUUACCAGACGCUAUUCCGGACCCCGAGCUUAUAGAGCUGGUGUACUGUGGCAGAAAGCUGAGGGAUGAACUCACUUUAGACUCUUACGGGAUCCAGUCAGGAUCUACUGUACACAUCCUGAGGAAGUCAUGGCCAGAGCCUGAGAUCCAGCCUGAGCCGGUUGACAGGGUAACAGCUGCGAGGGAAUUUCGAGUCUUGCAGGCAGCUCUUCAUACCAGCACAGCCUACAGAGACUCGGUUUUCAAGAUGCUGAACAACAAAGAGUCUUUGGAUCAAAUCAUUGUGGCAACGCCUGGUCUAAGUAGUGAUCCAAUGGCCCUAGGUGUGCUUCAAGACAAAGAACUCUUUGUGCAAUUCACAGAUCCUAACAUGCUAGACACGCUUAUUAACUCUCACCCAGCACUGGUUAAUGCCAUUAUUCUGGUGCUGCAUUCUGUAGCUGGCAGUGUGCCCACACAGCAGAGUGCCAACUCUUCCAGAAAUGUGUCCUCCAGCUCCUACAGUGACAUGCCAGGAGGUUUUCUCUUUGAAGGCAUGUCUGACGAUGAGGAAGAAUUCCAGUCGGGGAAUCGCGGUGGGCCAUCUUCCAGUUCUACAGGCUCUUCAGGCUUGAGACCUGCUACAUUAGGCUACAGUGGGGCAGUAGGACCCAGACCAAUCACUCAGAGUGAACUGGCUACAGCCCUGGCUCUCGCCAGCACUCCCGAAAGUAGUGCUGUUACACCUACCAUAGGAAACCAGGGUGCUUCUUCGGGGGUUUCCCCUGUCCCUGCAGGAACUCCUAUAACAAAUGACCUCUUUAACCAGGCCUUGCAGCAAGCCUUACAGGUGUCUAGCAUAUCCUCCCUUCAAAGUCAGUGGCAAUCUCAGCUUCAGCAGCUUCGUGAUAUGGGGAUCCAGAAUGAGGAGCUAAUCUUGCGAGCCCUGCAGGCCACUGGGGGAGACAUCCAAGCUGCCCUGGAGCUAAUUUUUGCUGGGGGAGCCCCAUAAGUCUCUCUGGGUCACACCCACUAGAAAGUAUAAUCACUGAUU